GCAGAUCCAUUAUCAGCCUUUUGAUUUCAGAACAAACUGACAUAAUAUAUUGUUGUAUAAAAUACUGCAAUAACUAAAAUAACUUGGGGCACUUUGACUACUCAAAGUGCUCACUUUUUUAAUUGAGGAUUUUGGACAAUAGGAAAAUUCAGUUUAAUUUGUUGGAGAACUUACGUACGGUGUACCGUUGUCUAAUGGCCAAGUAUAUUCCCAUUCAGAACGAUAGAGAAAAACUUAUUAGCCUAUAGACAACACUACAAAGUGUAUUAUGGCGUUAUCUGAACAAUAGUUUGAAAUGUAAAUGAAAACAAAUAUUUUUCUGUGCUGAGGUUCAUAACUAGAUAUAAUUCAACGAGUAGUGUGAAAACGAUCAUUCGCUGUUGUUAUUUUUCCAUCACAAAGAUAAACGAGCACUGCGCAAGAAUAACAUGAACGAUCCGGAUUUUUGUAUAACUAGUAUCCAAACACAAACAGACAAAUGCAAAUUGGAGAAAGGAUACAAUACACCUGUACAUGAUUUAAUGUAAGCGCAUUUUUGGGGAUCGUAGUGAUAUUUAUGAAUAUCUGUAUUACCAUUCACCGUUUCACCGACUGCUGUUGACAAAUCUACUCGAGCGGUAAAUUUUGGACUUCAUCAUAACAUCAAUCAAAACUUUAUGCGCAGUUUAUUCAGAUUUUAAGUUACCAUUAUAUGAAACAUUGAAAGCGUUUGCCAGUGAAUUUAUAGACGAAUUGAAUAGAUGGAGAAAAUCAAUUUCAAAUAUCGUUCGUAAUUGAAUGAAAACGCGUAUAGAUCUAGUGAUGUUUGAAUGAAACCUAAGACUGGAUUGUGGGUAAGCAAGUAAAGUGUAGAAACUUCAGCGGGUUAAUGGUAUAACAAAUACUCAUAUUUGCAAUUUUAAAAAUGGUGAAACUUGUGAUUAAAUGUUCUUCUUACAAAAACCUGUUAUCGUGUUGAGCAAAAUGGUUUCUAUACUGUUGUGAACGGAUGAGCUGAGGCUUGCGUUAUAAUACAACACGCACGUGUGCAUGUGUUUAAAACUAUGUUUAGGACGUAUUAAAACUGUAACGUCAUAUUGUGAGAUACAACUCUUAAACUUGUGUUUUUUCCCCGGAACCGGAAACUUAUGGCGAGCGGCGAGUUUCACCCGGUGAGCGUCCCCCGGCCCUCCAGUGCCCUGCUGUGGUCCGAAAAAUCGCUCAAUCUAGAGGCGCUCCUCAAGGAAUCCACACUUCCGGUCGUGGUGAAGAUGAACGCCGCCGACGACAGCAGCAAAUUGAAGAAGGACGCGGGUACACUGCUGCAGCAGCCGCUGCUAUUGUUCAAGGAAUCGAAGGGUUUCAAGGUGAUUGCUAAGAACGUGUCCAGUCUGGUUGCCGUGCGCACGUCACGUGAUGGCGUGCAGUACCGCGAGGGAGGGGCCACCAUUGUCAUACCCGUCCAGUAUCCAGGCUGGUUUCGAGUCCUGGAGGAGGACACGGUCCCUAUCCUCAGCGUCUCAAACCUCGCCCGGGUCAUGCCGACCUCUUUCUUGUCCGCCAAGCGCGUGCCCGGCUUUUCGCUGCUGGAUCCGCUCAACCGGAAGGACAUCAUGUACGAGCGCCUGGAAUUCCCGCCGGGAGUCUUCACACUUCAUAGCGUGUUCGAGGACCACGUGAAGUACACCACCACGAAAAACACGGUUAAGAGGAAACUCCUGCGAUGCCUCGUCUGUGUCACCGGCGAGGGUUUGGAUCUGCUGAUUCCCUUCGACGUCACUGGGGAGUUUUAUGUUGUUGAACACCGGAACCCCAACGCUAAGACUGCUAAGGCGGAUAAAAACGCGUGCGCAUACACUCUAAAACAGUUGAUCGCCAUGGGCGUGUUUACACGUCCGCUUGUGUUGAAACUUCUUAUUGGCGAUCCGCCGAGUAAGCCAUGUGGUUUCACGGGUGUGAUGAAAGUUGUGGAUAUAGUUAAAGACUGGACAGUAAUAGCACAGACUCUGGACGGUAACCGCAAGUUACUGGAACUUCCGGUUUUGCCGUUUCCAGAAUUUGCACAAUCCACGAACGGUAAGGACUUACUAGAACCUGGUUCCCUUCGCGCUGAGCUCAAUCACUUACGGAGCGGGAUCGCAGACCAAUACGCGAAAGAGAUUAAAGUGAAGACAAGUUUAAGCCUGAAACCCACCAAGCCUCAGGCGGGAGAGACUCGACUUCCGGUACUGAACGGAGCAAGCGCUGCACAGGAUAAACCGUUUAAACAAAAAACUAAAACUAAGAAGUAGAUAUUUUUGCUCCGUUCAAUAUUGCACUAUACAAAAGUCGUGUAUUAUUCAUGCAUAACCGUGAUUGUUCCGAUGAUAGCAUAAAGUGAAAAUAAAAUAUAGCAGAUAAUAAA